AUGCUACUCGAUCGGAUCGAUGGAGACGAACUCGCCGCACGGGGCGUCCUCGAGCGCGGGCUUCCAGGUCUGGGGAAUCGGCGUGGACACGGGGAAGUGGCGCUUGUGCAGGCUGCACACCGUCAUGGCCUUGUUGCGGCGCUCGCAGUGGAGGCAGCAGAGGAUGAGCCCGCACGGGGCCACCCACCAAAAGUACGUGCCGCGGCCGGCCUUCUUCGCGACCGCGCACUCGAAGUCGGGGUGCUGGAACAGCCAGGGGGGCGUCGCGUUCACGUGGCAGCGCAGGCGGCGCAGGUACUCGUCGGUGCAGAACGAGCCCUGCUGGCGCCCGCUCAUGGCGAGGCCGGACUUGGGGUCGUCCUCGUGGCGGUCCUCGUGCACGACCUCGAGGGGCACCGGGACGAGGCCGAACUCGCGCAGCCAGCCGGGGCGCAUGAAGUAGCCGACGUGGUCUUGGGGCUGGAACUUGCCGUCGCGCACCGCGCCCCAGUCGGUCGGGUCGUCGCCCUCGCGCUCGAUGAUCUCGUUCGGCGUGAGGGGCCACAUCUGAAGGGUGCGCAGCAUCUCGGCCCCGGUGGUCUUGCCGAGCAGGGCCGCGAUGAAGAGCCAGAACGCCUUCUCCUGGCGGCGGAAAGCAGUGAGCUUGAGGUCCCUGAGGUAGAAAUGGCCGGCGUUGUCGAGCGCGUGGAUUGCCGCGAGGCCGAGGAUGACGCCCUCGUCCUGCGUGCCCAUCAACGGGGCGGGCGUGUGCAGGUGCUCGAGCCCGAGCUGCUCCGCCACCGCGAUCGAGGCGUGCAGCGGGGCGCCGAUGCGGGUGAGCGUCUUGUCCGAGAGCAGCAGGAGGCAGCAGGCGUUGCGCGUGCUCAUGACGACGAGCGUGCGGGGCCUGUUGCGGCGGCGCAGCUGCUCGCACUGGCGCCUGAGGGCCUCCUCGAUCACGCGCCCGUCGGGCGUGAGGGCCGCGUGGCCGAGGUCCGUCUGCAUCAUCUGCAGGUCGCCGUCGCGGUACGCCCCGCAAGCCGGGAGCAGGCGGCUCAGCAGGAGCAGCGUGUCGGACCCGUUGCGGGGGAGGGGGACGCGCUGGCCGACCCACUCGAGCAGCUCCUCGAGCGGCCAGGCGAGGUCGACGUCGACGUCGACCCAGCGGUGCUUGCCGGGGAGGUCCGGGACCUCGCGCGAAGGGCCUUCGACCGCGACGCCGUCGUCGUCGGCCCAGGUGCUGUAGCCGAUGGGGAUGAACGUCGGGAGGCGCGCGAGCCUGAGGAUACUGCCGUGGCGGCGGUACACCGCGUAGCGCUCGUCGGCGGUGGGGAUGACGAGCACGUCCUGGUCGCCCUCGAUCGUGUCGGGCGGGUCCUUGAUGACGACGACGCCCAGGUGCGGGCGCAUCGUGUCGCAGAGGAGGGUGGAGGCGAGCACGGCGGGAGUAUACUGGUCGGUGGGCCGGUCGCGCACCGCUUCGCAGUGCUCGCAGAAGUACCUUAUCGCCAGCAUCGGACUAUGGACGACGCCAAGAACGACGCCAUCCUCAAGAACGCCGGCCUCGCUGGCAUCCAGCCCGAGCACACCGUCCCCCCUCACGUGAAACAGUUUGGUACCGUCCUCGCGCCCGCCGAGUUCGACGAGGCCUGUGCCGUCCCCUGUCCUUUGGCCGUCGAGAACGGCGUCCCCACGACGCUCUUUGCCAACUUUGCGCCGCGCUACAUCUGGACCCUCCCAGACUCCGACUGCCUGCUCGUCGCGCCGUCCGCGAUCACCAACUCGAGCCUCUGCGUGCUCCACCUCCGGGUCUGCGGACCCCUCUACACCGAAGAGACCCCCGCUAUUGCCGAGCCGCCUCGAGCCGCCCCAGACGCUCCAGCCCAGCUCGCUCGCCGCCGAGCAGCAGUUCUACCUCUACCGCGCGGAAAUCAGCCAGCUCAAGGCGCGCGGCGUCGAGGCCGCCCUCCGCGAGUCGCUCCGCGAGGCCCGUGCGCAGCGGGACGCCCUGCAGAAAGCCAACGACGAGCUCCGCGACGCCCUGCAUGA